AGAGUUCAAACCAAUUGAUGAUGUUUGCUUUGUUUGCUUCAACUCUUUAAAGCUUCUAGUUGCGUCACUUAUUUUUUGAUGGUCAUCAUCAUCCACUAUCUUAUGUUUCUUCGAGAGAGAGAGAGAGAGAGAGAGAGACAAUGAGAUAAAACUCUGGUCUCCUGUUCUGGCAUUUCGAAUUCUCUAAUAUUCUAUAGGUAAAGGCUCACCCUUUUUUCAAUUCAACUUUUUGAAUUUCUGUGACCCUUUCCAUGUCCCCAGCCAUCUCCUCAGCUCUCCAGCUAUUAUACUCUCUCUCUUUCUCUCUUACAUAUAUUAUAUUAACAUUAUCAUAAACUUUUUGAAAUUAUCAUCAAUUGGUAAUCAUAAAGGGGGAGCUAGCUGAUACAUAUAUAGCUAAACCAAGGUACAUCACAACAUAACCCACACAUCCGGAAAAAAAGAAGAAGCCAGGUUAAAGAAAAAGCCAUGGGCAGAGCUCCUUGCUGUGACAAAGCCAACGUUAAGAAAGGCCCUUGGUCACCUGAAGAAGAUGCUACACUCAAGGCUUAUAUCGAGAAGCAUGGCACCGGCGGCAACUGGAUUACCUUACCUCAGAAGAUAGGCCUUAGAAGGUGCGGCAAAAGCUGUCGACUUAGAUGGUUGAAUUAUCUACGGCCGAAUAUCAAGCACGGCGGGUUCUCAGAGGAAGAAGAUAACAUCAUUUGCAGCCUCUACAUGAGUAUUGGAAGCAGGUGGUCUAUCAUUGCAGCCCAGUUACCAGGGCGAACGGACAACGAUAUUAAGAACUACUGGAACACAAGGCUGAAGAAAAAGCUCUUGGGCAAGCAGCGUAAACAACAGGAGGCUCAGCAGAGUCGCCGCGCUGCCAUCUUUAAGCAAGAGAUGAUCAAAAGAUCAGAAAAUAAUGCAAAUUUUGUUAAUAUCUCUGCUGGGUUUUUCAACCAAAACCCUUAUAACUGGCCAGAGCUACCAGUAGUGCCAGUGGCUAAUUAUCAAACACAUGACCCUCAACUCAUGCAGGAUGAGGCUUCCAUUAAGACUAUGCUCAUCAAUCUUGGAGGAAGAUUUUCCCAUGAUUCUGACACUAGCACCACAAGUUUUCAGUACCCAGUUGAUAUUUCGUCCACCUCGUCAUCAGAUCACCAAUUCUAUCAGAGCUCCAUUGAUGUUCUUGCUUCUACUUCAGCAGCCAACAGUAAUAACUAUUCUCAAUUUCCAAGCACAAACUUUGAUGCUAGUAACGGUACUGGGGGUUCAAGUAGUCCAACCAUAUUUCAUGGGCUGGACGAUCAGAAUAACAAUCUACAGGCUGAUCAUCUUAACCAGCUAACUGAAUUGGAGGUUUACGACAACAGUUUUGCUCAUCAGCAUCAGCAACUGGGUGGUUUUUAUUAUCAAGCCUCCGAGGAGACGUUGAACAACGGUAGCAGUGCAGGGACCAGUACUGCUUCUGCAGAGAGUGAAAUUAGUUGGGGAGACAUAAACUCACUGGUUUAUAGUACUCAAAUGGUUGCAGACUAUGAAACCUGCUGCCAACAAGCAGUAGUAGUACCACAAGAUCAACAUUCUUUUUUUGCAGAGGCAACCUACUUUGGCCUCAAAUAACACCAAUAAUGCAUGGUAAUUGGGGUUAACGGGUUGUAAGUUGAUUUGGUGUCUGAAUUCAGUAGGAUUUCUUUCCUUUGCAGUCAUACUUUGAUCCACCUCUCUCUUAAUUAUUAUUAUUUUUUUGGUAAUUCAACGAUGAUCCAACUGGGUGCUAGUGGAACCCAAUGCCUACCGACCCUUGAUUGUACCACUAAGCCAACAAGUUACAAGGGGAUCGACGAUCUAUUUCUCAAAUUUUUUAUUUGUAACUUAUAAGCUUCAAUUUCUCUCCCAGUUCAAAUUUGAAAUACUUGUGGACGAUGUUGAUUGUUGUGUUUAACUAAUUUAGGAACUUGAAGUCUUGAACAUAGAACAAUGUGGUUCUGUUCACCUGCAUGGCAAUGAGAUCAGUUGGGAUACCAUGUAUACUCUAUUGACUAGUCUGAUAUGCAGGUGCAGUUUGAGCAACUUUACGAUUUAAUUCCUAGUUACAACUUUUACAUGGUAAAAAUGUACUAGACUACUAGUACUUCUCUUCCCGUCUCUUCAUUUCCAUGUGGCAGAAAGUACCUCUGAACCCUCCAAUCACAAUAAAGUCACAGUGCUUUGACAUUUUGGCCAUAACUGGCUCGACACUAGCAUGCAGGGAAUCACAAUGUGGCCGCAUUCCUUUAUAAUUUUCUUCAUGUCUUCAACGGUGACAAGAGCUGUAAAAAACAAAUUUUCUAGUCCAUUUUAUGUGUAUUUCCAACUAGAAAGUGGAAAUAUAUACAUAUAUUGUUGCAAUUCUAAUUUCAUUAGGACUGUAAUUUUGUAAAUCUUAGUAAAUUAUGUAUAGGAUUCUAUGAGAUCUUUCCUUGUUGUAUUUGUAUUACUUGAAGAGUAAGAUUCUAUUUUCCUUA